CGUAACCUGGCAAAGAUUUAGUUCCGGUUCCCGAGCUGAAGGUUUUCCAGGUGAAAGAGUGACAAUAUUGCUGGGUGAAAGUAGUGUUAUUACAGUCAUGGUUUUGCAAGAGGAAAAAAUGCUUGCUAACGGAGGAGAGCCCGAAGAGGAAACUGAAGAAGAGGAAGAAGAACAAGAGAUGGUAGACCCCUUAACAACAGUAAGGGAACAGUGUGAACAAAUAGAGAAAUGUGUGAAAGCACGAGCUGAAUUAGAACUGUGUGAAGCCAGAGUAUCAUCUCGAUCACAUACUGAAGAGGAAUGUACACAAGAACUAUUUGAUUUCCUUCAUGCCAGGGACCACUGUGUGGCUCACAAAGUUUUCAAGCACUUGAAAUGACCUGGAAACCUACAUCGGAAUUGUAUUCCAUCGUUGGUUUGGUUUCUAUCCUGUUGCCUGUUGGUCCAUGCUCGUGAAUACUGUAUUUACUACUUGUUCCUUAACCACUUAUUUUGAACUGAAGCUUUUAUUGCAGGAUGGGAUGCAUUCAGCUAAAACCAAGCAUCAUGGAGCAGACUUAUGUGAAUAAAUUUACAACUGUGAA